CUGAAAAGGCGCAUGAAAGCUGAAAAGAAAGCAGCUGAGAAGGAAACCAAGGUCAAAGAACAGCAGGAACAGAAGGAGAACAGUGACAAGUCACAGCAAAAUGCGUAUGGGGACGAUGAGGAAACCUUGGACCCAAAUCAAUACUUCAAGAUACGUUCACAAGCCAUUCAAGCCUUGAAGGGAACAGCUGAAGACCCAUACCCUCACAAAUACAACGUGGACUUGUCGCUUACCGAGUUCAUUGAGCGAUACAACAACCUUCAGCCAGGGGACCACUUGACAGAUGUUGUCCUCAGUUUGUCAGGUCGUAUCCACGCCAAGAGGGCUUCAGGUGCCAAGCUGCUGUUCUAUGACCUGCGAGGAGAGGGCGUCAAGCUGCAGGUCAUGGCCAACUCCAGGAGCUACAAAUCAGAAGAAGAUUUUGUGCACAUCAACAACAAAUUAAGGCGUGGGGACAUCAUUGGGGUCCGGGGGAACCCUGGCAAGACAAAGAAAGGCGAGUUGAGCAUCAUCCCGAUCGAGAUGACCCUGUUGUCCCCAUGCCUUCAUAUGCUUCCCCACCUUCACUUUGGCCUGAAAGACAAGGAAACCAGGUUCCGACAGCGGUAUCUGGACCUGAUUCUUAAUGACUUUGUGAGACAGAAGUUUGUGACCCGCGCCAAGAUCAUCACCUAUCUCCGCAGCUUUCUGGACCAGCUUGGGUUUCUUGAGAUCGAAACACCAAUGAUGAACCUGAUACCCGGUGGUGCUGUAGCAAAACCAUUUAUUACCCACCACAAUGAGCUCAAUAUGAAGCUCUACAUGAGAAUUGCUCCUGAGCUUUACCAUAAGAUGUUGGUAGUUGGGGGAAUCGACCGUGUGUAUGAGAUCGGGCGUCAGUUCCGUAAUGAAGGCAUCGAUCUCACCCACAACCCAGAGUUCACCACAUGCGAGUUCUACAUGGCUUACGCAGACUAUCAUGACCUGAUGGAAAUCACAGAGAAGCUUCUCUCAGGAAUGGUGAAGCACAUUACCGGAGGUUAUAAGGUGAUGUAUCAUCCUGAUGGUCCAGAGGGACAAGCCUAUGAAAUAGACUUCACUCCUCCCUUCAAACGGAUCAGCAUGACUCAAGACCUGGAGAAGGAAUUGGGGGUGAAGUUUCCAGCUCCUGACACCUACGACAGUGAUGAAACGCGCAAGUUCUUAGAUGACCUUUGUGUUCAGAAAGAAGUUGAAUGCCCUCCUCCCAGGACGACUGCUCGUCUUCUGGAUAAGCUUGUGGGAGACUUCUUGGAGGUGAAGUGCAUCAACCCAACAUUCAUCUGUGAUCAUCCACAGAUCAUGAGUCCUCUAGCAAAAUGGCACAGAUCACAGAAAGGCCUAACUGAGCGCUUUGAACUCUUUGUGAUGAAGAAGGAGAUCUGCAAUGCCUACACAGAGUUGAACGAUCCUAUCAGACAACGAGAACUGUUUGAGCAACAGGCUAAGGCCAAGGCAGAAGGUGACGAAGAGGCGAUGUUUAUUGAUGAGACCUUCUGCACUGCCUUAGAGUACGGACUUCCACCCACGGCAGGAUGGGGCAUGGGCAUCGACCGCCUCACCAUGUUCCUCACAGACUCCAACAACAUCAAGACCUGCGAUCCAAAUCCGGUGCAUAUCCGAUUGGAAUCGGAUCAUAUUUAG